GUGGUCCCUGAGGUCCAAAAGGUUGGUGACCCCUACUUCAAAAGAUAAGGUCAAGAUGCAAAGGGAUCUUGACACACUUGAAUACUGAGACCUAUAAAAAAUGAAAUUCACUGCUGAGGAAACUAUGGCUUUAGAAUUAGGCAACAAAAACCAAAAUUGCAGGUGUAGAAUAGUUGGUACCUGGCUUAACAGAAGGAUCCAGCAGUCCUAGGCAGCAAUGUGCUGCAGCUUCCAAAAAUGCCAAUGAAGUAUACUGCAGUUUUCUGCUUUGUUAGACCACAUUUGGAAUUCUGCAUCCGAAUUUCCAUAAAACGAGGCACACCUAUGCAUUUAUGGAAAUGCCACUGUAAUUUUUCCCAAUAUUAAUAUAGCAAAUACAUGUACAAAUACAAUACCAAAAAACCAUGAUCCUUGGUGCCUCUGGAUUUAGAAAUUUUCUGAGUCAGAGACAAGAUGAAAAAUCAGCUUGCUUCCAGAAAUUAUAAAUGUUCAAGGUCAGAUUGCUUGUGUGUUUCACAAAACAAACUUUAAGGAUGCCACAAGUCAUGAAGGUGUUGCUCAGGAGAAGUUGCAACAAGACAAGCUUGGUCCUAGGCAAGGUGCACACUUACGACCUCCUUUAAUAGCAGGAUAAUCGUCGGUUACAGUUGGAGAUUUUUUACACUUAGGCAAGAAAAACCAGCUGUAGAAGUUCAAAGUAGGAGAAACUUGGCUUAACGCCAGUGGCUCCGAGAGGGAUCUUGGGAGUCCUACAAUCCCUUAAAUAAAAGCUAACAGUAAUCGGCGGCAGCAGAAGAAGCCGAGCUGUCCGCAAAUGGCAGCGGGGAGGGGCGAGGCCACACUGGCGAUGAUGGAGGCGGAGGAAGCGGCGCGGCUGCGGGGCGGUCUCCGGUCGGGGCUGCGCGUCCUCCGUGAGCAGCACCAGGGCUGGCGGGACACUCUGGCCGCCUGCUUGCCGCUGCUGCGGACCCUGGGCAAUGUGGCCUUGCAGGCGGAGGCGGCGCGGAGGGUGUCUUUUGGGGAGACGCCGCUGCGGGCCUUCACGCGCCUGCCGGAGCGGCUGCGGCUGAAGCAGCGGGCGGGCAUGGAGGCCCUGCUAGCGGAGCUGCGCCAGGAGAAGCUGCCGGCGCUACGGGAGCCUCGGGAGGCCGUCGGCGCGCGUCUGGUGCCGCUGCUGGCGCUCGGGGGCCCCGACGCGGCCCCCGCCCAGCAGCCCCACGCACCCUUCCCGGCCUGGGCCGACCUGGUGGCCGGGCUGUUGGACGCCGAGGCGCUCUACCACGUGGUGUACUUGGAAGCGCAGCUGCUGCUGCUCUCGCUGAGCUACCGGGAUGUGGCAGGGAUGCAGGUGGCCCCCCAGGCCUGGGAGCGGAUAAUGCAGCACGGGCAGCGAGGAGACCGCGUGGAAGAAACGUUGCUGAAAGCCACCUUCUUCCUGGAGGACACCUGAGAGCACAAAGCAGCUUGUUUGCUCACCCCCAGUGAAGGAUUCUUCAGGAAGAGCUGGCCGGCCCUGCUAUUCGAAGGCACCUGGACUUGGAGUCUGCCUUGGGGUGAGCCCCACUUGCAGGAUUGUGUGACUAUUUAAUUUCUAACCAAUUUAGUUGUAUUUAUUUUGUUUAAUGACAAUAAAGACUAUACUGUACUAUUGCA